UUCAGUUAAGAUUAGCCAACAAGUCGACAGCGAAUAGAAUUCCGGAACGGAACGGAUGUUGUUGUAAAGAUGGCGACAGCGAUUGUUAGUUCGGCUCGCAAGGUGGGGAGGCUAACAAAUGCAGCCAGGAGGUUGUAUUCAGAUGUUUAUCCAAAAAUAACCACCCACUAUACAGUAUACCCCCGUGAUAAAGACCCAAGAUGGAAAGAUGUAAAUAUGGAGAGAGUGGCAGAAGAGACAGAUAUCCUCAUUAUUGGUGGAGGGCCAGCUGGAAUGGCAGCUGCAAUCAGAGCGAGACAGAUAGCAGAAGAAAAGGGGGCUGAAGUAAGAGUAACCUUGUUAGAAAAGGCAGCUGAAAUUGGUGGGCAUAUAUUGUCAGGAGCCUGCGUUGACCCUAUAGCAUUAAAUGAACUUAUCCCCGAUUGGAAAGAGAAGGGUGCACCUUUUAACACACCAGUCACUUCCGAUAAAUUUGGCUUACUUACAAAGAGUGGUAGAAUUCCAUUGCCAGUUUUCCCAGGACACAGUCUCUCGGAACAAGCAGAGGCAUUAGGAGCUGAGGUGUGGCCGGGCUGCGCGGGCGCGGAGCUGCUAUACCGCGAUGAUGGAUCGCUGAAGGGCGUAGCGACAGGCGACGUGGGCAUCGCUAAAGAUGGCAGCCCUAAAGAUAUGUUUGAAAGGGGAAUGGAAUUCCAUUCCAAGGUCACCAUAUUUGCUGAAGGAUGUCACGGACAUUUAACAAAAAUGGUAUCCAAUAAAUAUAAUUUAAGAGACAAAAGCGAACCUCAGUCUUAUGGCAUUGGACUUAAAGAACUAUGGGAAAUUAAACCAGAGAAUCACAAGCCCGGCUUAGUAGAACACACUAUAGGCUGGCCGUUAAAUAGGAAUACAUAUGGAGGAUCCUUUAUAUACCAUUUAAAUGUGCCCGAGGGCGAAGCCCCACUAGUGGCCGUGGGCUUCGUUGUCGGCUUGGACUAUGUCAAUCCAUACCUCAGCCCGUUCAGAGAAUUCCAACGGUUCAAACUGCAUCCAUAUGUGAAACCCAUGUUUGAAGGUGGCACGCGUAUAGCAUACGGUGCGCGUGCGCUGGUGGAAGGGGGUUGGCAGUGUCUCCCCCAGCCCGUGUUCCCCGGCGGCUGCCUCGCGGGGGACACCGCGGGGUAUCUCAACGUGCCCCGGAUUAAAGGAACACAUAACGCUAUGAAAAGUGGCAUGUUGGCAGCGGAAUCGGCCAUGGAAGUGAUACUGUCAGGGGAGGCGACACACGAGAGAGGUAUCGUGCCCACGCUAUAUGAAGAUAAAUUAAAGGAAUCAUAUGUUUAUAAGGAAUUGAAGCAAGUGCGCAACUGCCGUCCAUCGUUCCAUACAAAGCUGGGUCUGUACGGCGGCGUGGGGUACUCCGCCUUCACCACGCUGCUGCGCGGCAAGGAGCCCUGGACAUUUUCUCACGGAGGUGCGGAUUAUUCGAAACUAAAACCAGCUAAAGAUUUCAAGCCAAUUGAAUAUCCUAAACCAGACGGAGUGAUUACAUUUGAUUUACUAUCGUCCGUCGCAUUAACCGGUACUAAUCACGAGGCGGACCAACCUCCGCAUUUAACUUUAAAAGAUGAUUCUAUCCCUGUUAAGACAAAUCUAUCAGUUUUUGAUGGUCCUGAAGGAAGAUUCUGUCCCGCAGGUGUAUAUGAAUUUGUACCAAUGGAGACAGGGGAUGGACAGAGAUUACAAAUCAACGCGCAAAACUGUAUUCAUUGUAAGACGUGUGAUAUAAAGGACCCCUCACAAAACAUUAACUGGGUGGUCCCUGAAGGAGGCGGCGGCCCCGCGUACAAUGGAAUGUAAAUACACUAGAACUUCGGCAACAUAAAAACCUCUUUAACUUCAAAAAAUAAUAUGUUCCCUUCCCAUCAGAGCCCAAAACCUCUAUAACAUAGACC